CUCUCUCCCCACCAUGAGUGAUCCAUACUCCAAUUUCUUCACAGGUUGGUUCAAAUCCAGCCCUUUUCUUCAUUACCCUAAUUCCAACCCCACUUACCCUUCUCCUCCUCCUCCCUUCUUCUUCCCUCACGGCAGCGGGGGUGGAGGACUCAGCCACCGCCGUCUACCGUCCCCACCUCCGUCGCCUCCUCUCCGGGAAGCUCUUCCCCUCCUCAGCCUCAGCCCCGCCAACAAACAACAAUACCCCCAACAUGACCAAGAGCCUUCCACUUCGAUGGAUAUCGACCACGACAAAUCAUCUUCCCACCAUAACUAUAAUCAUCAUCAUCAAGACCCUCAUGAUGAUGAUCAUCAUCAUCAUCACAUGACUUCUAAUCUUGACGAAGGCGAUGUCACUGUGGCUCUUCAGAUAGGGCUUCCCAGCCCUAGCGCCGAAGAGAUGGCCUCUGUGUUGAUGAUGCCUUCGUCUUCGGACAGCAUCAAGUACGACAAGAAGGAUCUUGACCAUCGUUGUCUCGGCGGAGGCGGAGAAGACGACGAGGAAGAGUCCGGCGGCGGCGGAUGCAGAUUAAGUAGACUGAACAAAGGCCAGUAUUGGAUCCCAACACCUUCUCAGAUUCUAAUUGGCCCUACCCAGUUCUCUUGUCCUGUUUGCUUCAAGACCUUCAACAGAUAUAACAACAUGCAGAUGCAUAUGUGGGGACAUGGAUCACAGUACAGAAAAGGGCCAGAAUCAUUGAGAGGAACGCAGCCGACGGGAAUGCUGAGGCUGCCGUGCUAUUGCUGCGCGCCGGGCUGUCGGAACAACAUCGACCAUCCGAGAGCGAAGCCCCUCAAGGAUUUCAGAACCCUUCAGACACAUUACAAGAGGAAACACGGCAUCAAACCCUUCAUGUGUCGGAAAUGCGGCAAGGCUUUCGCGGUUAGAGGAGAUUGGCGGACGCACGAGAAGAAUUGCGGUAAGCUCUGGUAUUGCAUCUGCGGGUCGGAUUUCAAGCACAAGAGAUCUCUCAAAGAUCACGUCAAGGCCUUCGGAAAUGGCCAUGGAGCUUAUGGCGGCGCUGAUGGGUUUGACGACGAGGACGAGCCAGCUUCUGAGGUAGAGCAAUUAGAUAAUAAUGAUCAUGAUCAGUCUAUGCAGUCCAAGUAGCUUUAGUUAAUUAGUACAUAUGAAAACAAAACUCGUUUUUAAUUAAAUGGACCAAGUUUUUUGUUGGAGGUAAACCUUUUUCCAAGUAAUAUAUAUAUAUAUAUAUAUAUAUAUAUAUCAUAAUCGGUUUAAAAAAUAAUUGAAGGGUCUAGCUUUGGUUUUUUUUUAACUUCCUCGUAUUUAAAAGUGUACCUGUAAUGCCUUUGUUAAGUUGAUGUACGAGACAACAUGUAGAAUCCUGACUAACGAACUUGGAUGUUCAUGCUGCCUAUAUAUAUACACUUGGGAUGUUUUAUA